AUGAGGCUACCUAUCGUGGCGCUCUUCACGAGCGGUGUUGUGCUGUGUCUCUGGGUGCCUGUCCACACAGCGUCCGGGGACACGGGACAAGCUGCCAAUGCAUGUCAUAGCAUCGCCAGUGGAAUGAGCUGCACCUGCACGGAACAGGGAGAUGUCGCGGCGAAACUCUCCGCAGUUAUCUCAGAACAGAAACCUGCGCUCGAGAUUCUCUGUAAGCCCGACAAGCUCACAUGCGCUCCUGAUGGCUUGAAGGAUGGCAAGGUGUGUCCUGAAAACACGACGACGUUGACGGAUUGCAAGGACCCCAGACAGUGUAUUGAGGUUGGAUCGCUUCUGUUCCCCAGCUCUACUAAAGUCUCAUGGACCGAGAGUAACGCAUCUGCUGAUGAAAAGCCAAGAAUGCUGACAAUACCAGAAGGCACAUUUCCGUUUAGUGACAGGCACUUCGUUGUUGGAUGCCUGGACAAUGACAAAACGAAGACAAAAUGCAUUGUGGAUGUCACCAUCAACGCCAGAUCGACAGUAACAAACGGACAAACCGUCACAUGCUCCUACGGUAAGACCAGCAAUCCAUCACACCAAACGAUCAAGCUGACUUCCUCACAAAACAGCUUCACCCUCGUCUGUGGAGAGGACGGAGAAGUCCUCCCAACACUGUACCAGAAAACGUACUGUACCGGCGACGCCAGCGCGGACGCUGCUGGCAUUUGUUCGGGAAACUACAGCACUGUUGUUCCAACAUACCAGGAGGGUUGGUGGAGCAAGGGGGAUGAGCCCAAGCCAAAUUCGUUUACACUCACGAUUCCGCGUGACCAGUUUCCCGAGAACGACGGCAAGAUUAUGGUUGGCUGCCGGAAGUCCGAGAAAAAACCACUGGAGAAGAGCGGCACGCCUGUUCCAGCUGGGGCGAGUGUGUGCAGCGUCGAUGUGACAAUUGAGGGAACAGGACCGGCCAGUUCCUCUUCGCUACUAUCUACGGGUUUCUCUGCGCUGUUGGCCCUGGGUGCAUCUGGCUGGGUGGUUGCUGCCUAG